UGUAUUCAUGUGUCUGUUGUCAGUUUGGCGGCAAAACUCAGCUGUGACAGAUUACAUUUUUAAUUUAUUUUUUUUUAAAUCCCUUCAUUGUGUUGUGACAAUGGCUCGGCGCUAAUUUAAUUGAUUUAUUGCCAUAUUAGUGUUACGAAAUAAAAUAUGGAAAUCCGCGCGAUACUUUCCUUGUUCCUACUUUCAUUCGGAAGCUGCUCCAUCAUCAUACCUGAAGAGCUACCUUCGCUUCUGUCAGUGGCGUAUUCCAAUAUACCACCUAUAAAAAAAGGAACGGAUUCCCGCGUGGGUUUUGGCUUCGCUUUCGGUAACCAUGCUGAUUUUCAAGUCAUGUUGGAGUUGGGACCACAAACUAAUACCUUACCUUUGACUGGCCAAGCAUUUCCGACGAACUCGAAACGACAAGCUCCAUAUCCUGUGAAGAAAGUUAAUAAGAAUAAGGAAAAGUUCCUACAAACAGACGCGGGCAAAUAUCUUCAGAACUGGGCGCAGCGUAUGAAAAAACCAACACCAAUACAAAAAGAACCACCAAAUCUAGAAGAAUCUAUGGUAGAAUUGGUAAAAAAUGAAAAUGGGGAAUAUGAAAUACACCAACCGAACCCGAAUAUGCCCAAAUUCGUGCUCGAUAGCUUAAAGAAGUUAUACGGAGAGAAGAAAGUAGAAGCUAAGAAUAAAAGAGAAGAAUCUAAGAAGAGAGAAGAAUCGAAUAAGAUAGGAGAGAAGAGAAGCGAGGAAGAGGUAAAGAAGAUUACAGAGGAUUUAUCGAAUGUAGAUUUAGAUUAAUAAAUGGUAAAGG